CGUACUCGAAUGGCGCGCAGUUCCGAUGAAACAAGCCUCCAAUCAACCAUUCAUCUCGGGUUGACGUGUCGUGUUGCCGAUCCGUUGCCCGUGGCUAUUCUUUUGGCUCUGUUAUAAAAUUGAAAACGCCCGCGCGUCUUAUCUCGAUUCGAUUUCUUGUUUUCUUCCACCCUCAAUCGCCUCCAUCCCCGCCUUUGCAGCCCCCAAGUCGCGCCAACAUGAGCUCGUCCAAGGAUGACCGCAAACUCGAGAGCGGAACGGCUGCUGCUCCGCCCGCUGGCACCGGCCUGCACCCCGCGUUCUACAUUGUGCUGUGGAUCGGGUUGAGUUCGAGUGUCAUUCUCUUCAACAAGUGGGUUCUGGCGUCCGCCAAAUUCGAUUUCCCGCUGUUCCUUACAUCAUGGCACAUGACGUUUGCGACCGCCAUGACCCAGAUCCUGGCCCAUUUCACCGACAAGCUGGAUUCGCGACACAAGGUCCCCAUGACCCCGGGGACUUAUACCAAGGCGAUCGUGCCCAUUGGAAUCAUGUUCAGUUUGAGUCUGAUCUGCGGUAACCUGGCGUAUCUCUACCUGAGUGUGUCUUUCAUCCAGAUGCUCAAGGCCACCAAUGCCGUUGCUACUCUCCUUGCGACCUGGGCGUUCGGCAUUGCCCCGGCCAACAUGCGCACUCUCGGCAACGUCAUGCUGAUCGUCGUGGGUGUGGUCAUCGCGUCUUUCGGCGAGAUCAAGUUCGACAUGGUCGGCUUCCUGAUCCAAAUCGGCGGUAUCAUCUUCGAGGCCCUGCGUCUGGUCAUGGUGCAGCGUCUUCUCAGCUCGUCUGAAUUCAAAAUGGACCCUCUGGUGUCGCUGUACUACUUUGCGCCCGCCUGCGCCGUCACCAACGGCGUCGUCACCUUCUUCUAUGAGCUGCCUCGUCUCACGAUGGGCGAUAUCAACAACCUCGGAAUCUCGACCCUCGUCGCUAAUGCCCUGGUCGCGUUCCUGCUGAACGUCUCUGUUGUUCUUCUGAUCGGCAAAACCUCCGCCGUCGUCCUCACCAUGGCCGGUAUCCUCAAGGACAUCCUCCUCGUCGUCGCCUCCAUGGUCAUCUUCCUGGACCCCGUCACCCUGCAGCAGUUCUUCGGCUACUCGAUUGCCCUCGGUGGCCUGGUUUACUACAAGCUGGGCGCCGACAAGAUGCGCACCCUGACCACGGAUGUGCGGCUGCAGGUGGGCGAAUACCGCCGCGACCACCCCGCCCGCGUCAAGGGCAUUGUUCUGGGCGGCGUGGUGGCUGUGGUCUUGUUCGUGCUGUAUGCGAGUAAGCUGCAGACGGCUACGGCGGUUGUUGCGUCUGGGGUGGCCUCGACGUAAGUUUUUCUCAAUUGAGAUUGGGGAUUCAAUUUGAAUGCUGUAUGAUGGGUAUGAUGGUCUCUGAAUAUAGAGGGUUUGAUGGGCUAGAUGGUAUGAAUGGAUGGUGGAUGUGUAUUUCACGCUUUCGUGUAUAUGUCGCGUCGAUGUAUCAUAUAUCUGGAUGUGUCAGUUAGGGCAGGUGGAGUUUGGGCAGGUUUGCUUAUAGAUCAAAAAUUUGUUUGAUGUUC